AGUAUAAGGAAAGAGACGAACGUGAGUGGAUGUGCUGGGCGAGUUGCGUUGAUCUGGUUUUUUUUUACGUGGUUUUUGGUCGUUUGUGUGGCUGUUCGUGUGUGCUGCUUUUUGUUAUUUUUUUUUUAUUUUUGACGCCCAUAUAUACAAAAACCAAAGAGUCGUAAAAAUGCAUUGUAAUGAACAACCAGUACAAAGCAGCGGCAAGUACCGGUAAAGACAACAAAAUGCAAUAGCUUGUGCAAGUGUGUGCGGGUGUCUCUCGCAAGGAAACAGGAAUAAAUUCACAAAAUAAUACCAAAAUAAAUGAAUUUAAUAGUCAAGUAGCAGCAACAGCAACAACAAUAACGCCGUUAAUAACAACAACAAAAAUAGCUGGUGCCGCUUUUUAUCUGUUCAUCUUUGUGUUGCUGCCUCCCCUCCUCCCCCUAACCUCACUAAUACCUCUCUGUUUGCUUCAGCGCCGUGAAAAGCCGCUAGGAAAGGUAAUCAUAAUUUCGUGAAACAGAAAAUGUUGAUUUAUCAACCAAGCAGAAGCGCCGGCAGCAGAAGAAGCGGCAUUCACAAUUGCAACAGCAACAUGUUGCCGGAAAAGCCAGGAACUCUAUUUAUUCCUCGCUGUAGAACUACAAAUGUGAUAUUUUUGGGACUCUUUCUCACCCUACUACUAAUUCUACCCAGCACAACGCUGGCAGAAGAUGCCAGUCUUGGCAGCUCUUCCAGAACACCGCCACAAGUUGCGGCGUUGGCUGCACCCCAUCCCAAUCCAAAUCCCGUACCAGGAUUAGGUGCCGGUCCGUCCAUACUGGAGCAAUUCAGCCCCAAUUGUAGUGCUGUGACCCAAAUCUUUCAGGCCAGAGGCAUCAAUGCCAAUGAAAUACCACAAAGGCCCAGUAAUGAACGUGUUCUUCGCUAUUGUGAAUCGCCCUCUGUGGGCACAUGCUGUACCUACAACAUGGAAACACGAAUGGCCAUGCAAUCCCGUCACCAACUCGAAUGGCAUUUCAAAGAGCAGAUAACCAAAAUGUCCGGACUGUUGGGAAGCAAAGCAACCAAAUUUAAUGAUAUUUUCCGUAGCCUGCUGCUGGAAUCAAAGACUCAAUUCCACAUGAUGUUUAUGCGUACCUAUGGAGUUAUCUAUCAAAAGAAUUCGGACGUCUUUUCGGAUCUGUUCAAUGAACUGGAGAAAUAUUUUGCCCACGGCCGAGUUGAUCUAAUGGAGGUCAUGGACAAAUUCUUCAGCACUCUUUAUCGAAAGAUGUUCACAGUGCUCAAUUCACAAUAUGCCUUUGACGAAAAAUACAUGCGUUGUGUGAGUGAGCACAUGAAGGAACUGAAACCAUUUGGCGAUGUGCCCGAUAAGCUUUCCGUUCAAAUCAAACGAUCUUUUGUGGCCACAAGAACCUAUGGCCAGGCCCUGGCAACCGCCGCCGAAGUAUCCAAGAAAAUACUGAAUAUACGACUUAAUGCAGACUGUACUGGGGCACUGACUAAAAUGCAACAUUGUGGUGCUUGCAAAGGCUAUAUGGAAAAGCCUUGCACCAACUACUGUGUCAAUGUGAUAAAAGGAUGUCUUCACUAUCAGCACGAAUUCGACGCCGAAUGGGAGAACUUUGCCCUCGCCAUGGACAAGGUUGCCGAACGUAUGCUUGGCUCCUUCAAUAUUGUGAUGGUUGUGGAACCCAUCAACAUUAAGAUUUCAGAGGCCAUCAUGAAUUUUCAGGAUUCGGGGGCAGAUAUUACCAAUCGAGUGUUUCAGGGUUGUGGCCGGCCAACAUUAGGGCGAACCCAACGAUCUGUACCUGCAAAGCUGAGAAGAAGCCUUGUCCAAGAACAUCCUGUGAAGAAUUCUUUAGAAGCGGAUACCUUAGACAUUGAUGCCACAUUGGAUGAGGCCAUUGUCUUACGUGAACGUCGUGCAGCCGAUCCAGGGUCACAGGAACUGCCUCAACAAUCUCAAGAGCAAGAGCAAAACAAUGAUGGCAUUGGUGGGGGUGGAGGAGGAGCAGGCGGAAGCGGAAGUGCAGGGCGCCGACAGCAUCAGCAACGCAGAAAGCAACAACAACAAAGGCGCAAGCAACAGAACAACAACCGUCGUGACAACGACGAUGGUGAAAACAAUGGUGGCGGCGGUGGCGGUGGCGGUGGAGGUGCACGUGAGCCCAUUUUGGAUAGGAUUGUGCGAGAUAUACGGCAACGGGUAAAGGAUUACAAGAAAUUCUGGUCAAACUUGCCAAGCUCUACAUGCAGUAAUGAGGAUAUAGCAAGUAGCUCGGACGUAGAUGGCAUGUGUUGGAACGGACACACCAUAGAUAGAUACAUGCACUCUAUUACCACAGAGCAUGGAUCGAAUCCGGAGUUUAGUGGCAAUCCAGCUAGUACUCGCCAGACGGCUCAAAUGUCCUUGCAGCUCGCCCAUCUAAAGAAUGCCAUUAACCACUUGCGUAAUGCCUAUAAUGGUCAAGAUGUGGACUGGAGUGAACAUGAGGAACCUUAUAUGGGUAGUGGCCAUGGCUCUGGAUCAGGCUUUGAAGAUGAUGAGGAUGACGACGAGGGUUCCGGCAUAGGUCCCUUCGAACCCAGCCAUAAGCCCGAUGUGGUUGAUCCUUCAGUGCGAGGAAACGAUGACAAUGACGACGAUGAAGAUGGUCCAUCAAUUAUCACACAAACUUCCCGGCCCAAUUUGGAUGAUAAGGAUCCUUUGCUACACACUACACACAUUACCAAAGAUCGUAACGAGGUUGAUGGGGACGAGGGUAAUGGCGAAGAUGAUUCGACGGCCAACGAUGGCACCCGGUCGACAGCCAGUUCACCCGAGAAAAUAACGUUACGCCGUGCUCUAAUGGUCUAUUUAUUGCCUCUUUAUAUGGCGUGGUUUGGUGGCGUUUGCGCCGAUUUGCUGUGAUUACUCAAAUAUGCAUCCUCUUUCAAAAAGCAAAACAAAAAACCCCACACCUCUCAGUCAUUCAUCUAUGAAACAAAAAUAUAAAAAGAAAUGUUAUUUUUAUAUAUACUUAUACAAUGUAUAUAUAUAAAUAUAUAUAUUCGCGUGGAGCGAGUCAAAUAA